AUGCUUAAAAAUAUAAUAAAUCAAUUUAUAAAAAUAUUUGGACAGGAAUAUUUAGGAGAUUGGAAUGCUAUACAAAAUUUAACGAUUAAUUCAGUUACAUCACCAGAAAUUAUAUUAAAAAAUGUUCCCUUUCCAGAACAAAUAUUCGAAUUAGCAGAGUUGCCAUUUGAAAUAAUAUAUUCAAAUAUAAAAAAUUUACGAAUAAAAUUUUUAUGGUCAUCUAUUUUUUCAAAUAAUGUUAGUCCAAUAAAUAUUUAUGCAAAUGAUAUUUUCCUUGUUAUAAAAUUUUCUUAUCCAAGUUUGUGGAAGACAGACAAAAUUACUGCCCAUCAGUAUAAAUUAAAAAAGAGUAAGUUAAAAAAAUGGGAUAAUAUUAAUGUAUCAAAAGAAAAAAAGGAUGAUAAUUUUUUAAAAGUUUUACCUAUUAAAUUAGUUAAUUCUUUACGAAUAUUAGCUGAAAACAUAAAUAUAAUAUUUUUCGAUAAUUAUAUUCAUAAAAACCCAUUUACUUUAGAAUUUUUCAUUAAAAAUUUUAAAAUUGACGAAUUAAAUAAAUACAAAGUAAAAUUGACUGAUGAAGAAAAAAAAAAUAUUAAAAAGAAUUUGUUAAUUAAUAUAUGGAUAAGAUUAAUAGGAGUACAUAUGAUUUUUAAAGAGUUUAAACAAAAAAUUAAAUAUAAUAAACAAAUUAAAAAAAAAGAAAAAGAGAUAGAUCACAAACAAAAAAUUAACGAGAAAAUAAAUAAGCUAAACAGUAAUGAAAAUAUAAAUGAUGAAUUUUUUUUAACAGCAAUUGAAAGACUUUUUAGUGAAAGUACCAAAUCUACUAGCCAGACAAAUAAACAUUGUACAAAAAAAAAAAAAAAAAAAUUUCAUAAUAGUAGAAUACCUAAAUAUUGUUCUUUCAGUGAUUAUGAUAUUAAUGAAAGAAUAAAGAUUAGAUAUUCAAAAAUAAAAAAGGAAAGAAAAAUAUAUAGUUCUAGAAUGAAUAUAAAUAUACCAAAUAACAAGUUAGAGCAUAAUUUUAAAAAAAGAAGUUAUAACUUUAAAACACCUAAGCAUAAUUUAGGUUUUAGAAUAACACCAAAAGAUGGACUAGAAAUGCAUAUAAUUUUUAAAAAAUAUGAUUUAAAAGCACUAAAUGAUUUAAAAAGUAAUUUAAAAUGCUUUAAGAAUGUAGAACUAUCAUUUAUUAAUCAUUAUGAAAAUAAAAAUGAAAAUAUACCUAAUAAGUUAAAAAAAUAUGAGAAACCUAUAAAAAAUCCAUGCUAUUGCUAUAAUUUCCAAAACAAUUCUUUUAUGGAAACCAUUAGUAACGUAUCCAUAUCAAGUAAUACAAAUGAAUCUAUUAAACAUAAAGAUAUUAACAAAAAUGUGUUAAUAAAUAUUGAUCAAAGAAUAGAAAAUAGUUUUAAAGACGAUUAUCCUCCUUUGUUUAACAAUAUUUCAAAUUAUGAGUGUUUGGAUAUAAAUUUUACAUCUUCAACUUUUGAUGCUUUUUAUAAUUUUAUAAAAUAUAUAGAAUUUUGGUUUUUAUAUAAAAGUGGGUGCACAAAAAUAUUUAAUAUAAUCCCUUCAAUAGAAGAUUGCAUAAAAUAUUCUCAAUAUAGAAAAAUGCAAAUUGAUAAAAAUUCAAAAAAUGAAGAAAUGUAUGAAAAGUUUAUUGAAAAUUUUGAAGCAGCAUGCCCAACUCAUUUAUUAAUUAAAUUAAGGUUAUUAUCAGAAGAAUGUAUAUACAGCAAGGAAUAUUUUAAUAAUAUAAAUGUCAAAAAAGGAGAAUGGACAAAAUUAUUUUAUACUUUCAUAAAAAGUCAAAAAGGUGAAACUUCUAUUUUAGAUGAAAAUUUAGAAAAAAUUGAAAAAUGGUUUACUCAUGAUAUUUUAUUAAAUAUAGUCAUACCUCAAAUUAAUUUUAAUUAUAUUCCUUUAGAGUUUAAUCAUUUUAAUGAUUUUAAAAUAAAUUAUAACAAGUGUUUUUUAUCUUAUAAUAUUUAUUGCUCUUUUUUGUUUAAACAAGAAAAAAUAUCUUCCACUAAGAAAAAAUUAAGUAUAUAUUUGCAUAAUUUAGAUAUUCAGUCACUCUUUGUAAUUUUAAGAAGGGAGCAGAAUUUUCUAAUUAAUCAAAAUAAAUGCUCUUUUUAUUUUGCUGAAAAGAUACCUAUAAUAAAUUAUUGCUUAUAUAAUGAAUCAAAUGACACUAAUGUAUUUUAUAAUUAUGAUCAAAAUAGUUUCAUUGAAGAAUAUUUAUCAGAGGAAUAUAGAAAUUCUAAAGAUGAAAAAUUAGGUACUCAAAAUAAAGAAUAUAUUAAUAAUUUAGAUAAAAAUUUAAAAGAUAAAACAGUAGAAAAAAAUAUAAAAGAAAAACUUCGAAAUGUAUUUAAUAGUUAUAAAAGAAGUAGUAACUACAAUAAUAGUUAUCAAAAUAAUGCUAACAGUAUUAAUGAAAAAAUACACUUUAAGGUAAGAAAAGGUUGUUAUGAAUUAAAUAAGAAUGGUGAUACAUAUAUUAAUACGUUUUAUCAAAAUGAAAAUGUUUUUUUCAAUGAGUCUCUUGAUACUAUAAAAGAAUUAAAUAAAAAUGUUUGUUCCAAUAGUCUUAGUUAUAAUAUGUGCAAUUUAUUUAAGAAAAAAUUGGCAAAAGAUAAUAUAAUAAAUGAAAAUACACAAAAUUUAAAAAUUGAAAAUUUACAAAGUCUUAAAAAUGAAAAUAUGCAAAACUUAAAAACUGAAAGUAUGUUAAAUUUAAAAAUUAAUAAUAUGACAAAUGGCAAAAAUGAAAACAUCAUUAGUAAAAAUAGUAUGGAAACAAAUAAAAAGGGUUUUUGGAAUUUUAUACUACGGCAAAAAAAAAAAAAACAAUUUGACGAAAUUAUUAAAGAAAAUUCAAACAUAAAUAAUUAUAAAAACUUCGAUUUAAUAAUGAAUAAUGAAAUUAAUAUAAUACCUAAUUCCUUUAUUAUAUUUAUUAAUGAUUACAGUAAUAAUGUAAGAGAAGUUGAUAUGCAUAUUUCUAAAUACACAAUUAAUAUUAAUAAUUUAUUACCAAUUUUGAAUUUUAUUCCUGAAAAUAAUAUUUGUCUUGAACUUUUUUUGAAAAACGAUAACUUUAUUGAUAAAAAUGUUAUUGAAAUUCUUAGUGUAUGCUUAAGUAUAAGUAAUAAGAAAAAAAAAAUUUUACGUCUACAUAUUAAUGAAAUGAAAGCAUAUUUUCUUCAUUCUUCUUAUAUAAAUAAUGAAAUUGAAAAUUUAAGAAUUUUUUUGAAUAAAACAAAAAAAAAGAAAAAGACAACUAAUAUACAUACUCAGAAAAAAUUUAUUGAACAUGAAGUUGUUAAUGAUCCAUUUAAUUCAAAAACCGAAGAAAAUGAAAAUGAAGAAAAUAAAAAAGAAAAUAAUAAUAUAAAAUUAAAAGCAAUGAUACAAAAUAAUGAAUUUAAAUUAAAAAAUGAUAUAGUUAAUUAUAAUAAUAAUUUACCUUUAGACUCCAACAAAUAUUCAGAUGAUGAAAAUAAAGAUAAAUUAAAUGAUGUUCAUAAUAUUUUAUAUAGAAAUAAAAGUACGAUAAAUUUUAUAAGAAACCAAAAAAUUGAUAUAUUAAAUGUCCAUAAUAUAAUUUUAAGUAAUUUAUUUGUACCUCAAAAAAAUGUGUAUCAUAUAAAAAUAAAUAAUACUUUAUCAUAUUUAAAAAAAAGAAACUUUAUUUAUUCUAUUAAAAAUAAUUAUUAUGUAUUUUUAAGAAGAUAUUUUGAAUAUAAUAAAAAAAGUAAUAAAAUAAAAAAUAAAAAUUUAUUAUCAAUAGGCCUUUAUAUUCAAAUAAAAAAUUUGUUCUUAUUUCAAGAUAAAAAUGAUUCUCUACUUUAUUUACAUAAUAAUCAUGUUCAAGUGGAGCAUUUGUUUCAUUACUCUUUUUAUGAUAAUAACAAUGAUUAUAUUAAUUCAAAUAUUUUGACAACAUAUGGAAUAAAAUAUAAUAAUAAAAAUAAAAAAAUAGAAUGUGUAAAAGAAAAAUGUAGUAAGAAUCCAAAUUCUCAGUUAUUAAAUAUGGAUGAUAUUGAAAAUAAUAAGAUGCAAAGAAGUAUACAUAUAAAUGAUAACGUAAAAAAUAAAUCUUUUUUAAUAUGCGUUAAAUCAUUAAGACUUAAAAAAAAUAAUAAUGUAUUUUCUUUAAGAAUAGAUAUUCUCAACUUUAGUUUAAAUGAAAUUUGUUUAUCUUUAUUGAGCAUAUAUAAAUAUGUUAUUCCUCAUGAUCAUAUACAACUAAUUAAAAUGAGAAUAAAUAAAUUUCUUAAAAUUAAACAAUUUCUAAUUGAUAAUAAUAAAAAUACUUUACAUUUAAAAAAAUUUAACAUAACAAAUAAUUUAAUGCACAAAUUGUUGAAUAAAUUUUUUUAUACGAAUAAUAUAACAACAGAACAUUAUACAAUUAAUAAAAAUAAAAAGCUACAAAAUUUAUUAGUUGUAAAUAAGAAUUAUGAAAAAUAUGUAAAAAAUUUGAUUAUCAAAAUUUUAAACCAUGAAAAAAUAUUAUAUAAUAAAGAGGAUUUUGAAAACAUUUUUUAUAUGAUUCUGAAAAAAAAUUUAUACAAAACAGAUGAUAAUAAUUAUUUUCAUGAAAAAAAUAAUAAGCUAAGUAAUUUAAGUAAUCUUUAUAAGAAUGAAACAAAAAGGCACAUUCGUCAAAAUUCAGAUACCAUAUAUUCAAUUAAUUAUAAUAAUAAUAAUAUUAAUAAUAAUAAUAAUAAUAAUGAUAAUAAUAAUGGUUAUAAUAAUAAUAACAUAAAUCCAAAAUUUUAUUUUAGUUUAACAGAAAAUGAAUAUUAUACAUGUAAGGAAAACAAUUUGGAGAAUAAUGAUUAUAAUAGUAAUUAUAGUUAUAAUGAUAAUUUUAAUCUAAAUACAAAAAAAUAUUUUCACUCAACAUAUUGGGAAAAUGAAAAAUUAAAUGAUAAAAUUGAGAAUGAUGACGAAGAUAGUAUAAAAAGAAAAGUUGAGAUAAACAAUUCAAAAGAAGAAAAUCUGAGUUUAUUAAAUUUAUCAAGAAAGUGUUACUAUGAAAAUACUAAAUAUACUAAUUUAAGAAAUCUUUUUAAUUUUGAUUUUUCAAGUAAUGAUAAAUGUAUUAUUGAAGAAAAAGACAUUUUUACUCAUAACAACAUUUCUUCUUUUGAAAAUAAUAGAACAAAUGAUCUAAGUGAUGAUAACAAAAAUAUAAAAAAUGCAAAUACUAAAACAAAUGUAUUUUUAUUUUUUUUUUUAAUAAAUAAAACAAAUAUAGCUAUUUAUAAUAAAAAUGAAGGAAUAUUCAAAAUAGUUAGUAAAAAUUUGAUGAGUGAAAUUUCUCAUUUGAAUAGUAGUAUAAAUAUAUCGAUAAAAAUUAAUUCCAUAUAUUUUUUUUAUAUACAAACAAUUUUAAAAAAUAAUAAUAUUGAUAAAUUUAAAGAAAAAAUACAAUUAAAUUCAUUGGAGGAAAUAGAAGGAAGUAAUUUAUAUAAUAAUGAAUGCAAAAAAUAUGUAAUUGCAACUGAUUCUGUUAGUAAUAUUUUUAGUAUUUCCAAAUCCAAGUUGAAAAAAAGAAAAAAUAUUUUUUUUGAAAAAAAUGUUUGUAUUCUAGAAAAAAAAAAGUUUAAUUUAUAUAUAGAUUAUGAUAUAAAAAAAAAUAAAUUGAAACCCCAAAUCUAUCUAGAUAUAAAAAUAAAUAAAGAAAUAUAUCAGAAAAUAAUAAAACUAUCAUUAAUUAAUUUUUACUUUUUUUAUAGUUCUACAUUAUUUAUUUUAUUAAACAAUAUAGCAAUAAAUUAUUUUUUAACAUAUAUACAAGAAAAGGAAAAAAUAGAAUCUUUUUUAUGUAAAAAUAAAUAUUCUGAAGAAAAUAAAAAUGUAACAUAUAAAUCUGAUGAUGUCAAUUUUUCUAGUUUCAGCAAUGAGAAACAAGAAAAAGUAGAAAAUGAAAAUUUUUUAACAUAUAGAAAAAGGAAAGUUAUUACGUCUUUAGAAAAAUGGAUUAGUAGUGAUGACAUAGAUAAGUUAGUUACAUCUAGUAAUGAAAGCGUUUUACCAUACAUCUAUACAGGCUAUGAUGCAAAUGCUAAUAUUAGUCAAAACGCAAAUAAGGAAAAGGAAUCAGAAAAAUCAGAUGUUAUUAAUUUAACUAAUAAUGAAUUUUAUUACGAUUUACCUGAAGAUGAUAAUAAUAUUAAUGGAAGAAAAAAAAAAUUCAUUUGUGAUGAUUAUCAUAAAGCACAAGAUAAUUCAAUUCAAUAUAUAGUGAACAAUGAAAGAAGUGAAAAUAUAAAUACUAGCUUAUACGACAAUUUAUACCAAAUGAAUAAUUUUACUUAUUCUAACAAAAUAAGAAAUAGUUUAAAUAAGAAUAUUAAAAGAUAUUUAGAAAAAAAAAAAUCCAUUGAUCUUAAUAGAAAUAUUCAUGGAACAAUUUUAUUUGAAGACAAAAAUUUAUUCUUACUUAAUUCUCAUGAACCUAAUGAAGUAAUAUUAGAUAAAGAGAAAAAAAUAGAAGUAAACUCAAAUAUAGUAAAAAAUAAUGAACCAUCUAAAAUGUUUAGAAACAAAAAAUCUUUUCUAGAAAUUUUUCAAAAGGUAAAUAACAGAAAAAAAAAAGAAAAAAAUAAAAGCAUAAAAAAUAAAGAAAAUAAUAUUUAUUCACAUGAUAGUAUAGUCCAUCAUUAUUCUUCAAAUAAAAAUUAUUAUGAAAAUUUAAAAAAAAAUUAUAACUUUUUUUCUAAUAUAAAAGGCUCUAUGAGUAAAAACAAUAGUUUAUAUUUAAAAAAAAAUUGUUUUAAAAAUAAUAAUAUUUAUAAUAAAAACAAAAAUAAUAAUAACUACAUUAAUAAUAAAGACGGUAAUGUUAUUUUUAGUAGUAAUGAAAUAAAUUGUUACAAAAAAGAAAAUGAAAAAAUAGAUACGAGAAAUUUAGAAAAAGAAAAUACAGAAAGAAAUACAGAUAUUCAAAUAUAUAUAUCUUUCAAAAAUGUAAAUAUAUGCUAUCUCAUUAAUUAUCAUAGAUUCAAAUAUUUAUAUAAAAAAAAUUACAAAAUUGAUACCUAUAUGAAUGAUUAUAUGAAUUUUAUUGAUAGUUGUUCUAAUUACUGUGAAGAAAACUAUAAUAAAGAACAAAAUUAUGAUCAUAUAGGAAUUAUAAAUAAGGAUUUAUAUAAUUUAAAUUUUAAUUUUUUAUUUAAAUUUGAAUAUGUGCUUUUAGAAAAUAAGAAAAAAAGUAUUAAUGCACAUUUUCCUUUUUUAUAUAUUAUUUUAAUGAAAAAUUGUAAUUAUGCUAUUUCACAUCUAACAAUAAUAGAUAUCAAAUUUUUUUUAGAAUUUUUAUAUAAAAAACAAGGAAAAAAAAAAAAAAAUAAUGGACAAAAAAAAAAUACUGAAGAAGAUAAUUCCAAUUUGGAAAUAAAAAAUUACGAAAAUGAUCUUUUAAAAAAAUUUUCUCAAAAUAGAUAUUCAUGUGUUAAGAACAUAUGUCAUAAUGAAUACAAAAAAAUAGACAAUUUUUGUGACAACACGAAUAAAAAUCAUGACUUCAUAAAUGUUUCCAGUAGGCUUCCAAUGAAAAAUAUAGAAAAGAAUAACAAUAAAAUACAUAGUAAUCCAGUUAAUUCUGUAAAAUAUAACAAUAAUAUAAAAUACCAUAAAUAUAGGAAUAAUAGUUUAUCUGGUAAUUAUUUAAUUAAAAAAAGUUCCAAGAAUAGUAAUACAAGUGAAAUUCUUUCAUUAAAUAAACAAAUAAAAAGUUCAUGUGAUAAAAGUUAUGCAAAUAUUACCGAAUAUAAUUCAAAAGAUUUAAGUAAUAAUAAGAAAAAUUUUUCUUUUUGCAAAUCAAGCGAAUAUGAAAUUAAUUAUAAUGAAUUAAAGAAAAAUAAUGAAAAGGAUUAUAUGAGUGAGCUAAAAAUGGAUAACCAAAAAAUGCAAUCUACAAAUAGUAAUAAAAAUAUAAAUAAGCAGAGAUCUUACAUUAGUUAUUUAUUUAAUUAUAGAAAAAAAAGUGAUUUUUUUAAAAAAUAUAAUAACGAAAAUGAUGUUAUACAAAAAAAUAGUGUUGAAACUCAAUUUAAUUCACUCACAUAUACUACAGAUAAAAAUAAUGAUAUUUCAAAAAAUACAAUUAAAAAAAAAAAAUCAACUAAAAGAUCGUUAAGCUUUUUUAGCUUUAAAUCGCGUGAAUCCAAAGAGAAAAAAUUGAAUAAUAUAAAUAGUAAUACAUUAGAUUUAAUUAGUACAAAAAAUGAUAAUAAGUCUUAUGAUUUAUUGAAUAUAAAAAAAGAUAAUUUAAAUGCACAUAUAAAUAGACAUAUUUCAGGAAUGAAACGAAAUAAUAGUAUCCAUAAUUUGUAUUAUAAUAACAAUAACAAGAUGAUCCCUAUUGAAAAAAGUUUUAGUAAUUAUUUAUAUACAAAAAACACAGAAACUAUAAAACCUAACAAAAAAAUUGAUUUAAUAAAAACAAAAAGAAAGAUGACAUUUAACAAAAAAAAAAAAAAUAAAGAUCCAAUGAAAAUAAAGAAGAAGAAAAAUAAUACACAUAGCAGAACAAAAAUUAAUAACCGUUGGAAAAUAUCUUGUUGUAAUUUAUCUAUAUUUAAUAUUAACAUGUUUAAUUGUAUAUAUUUUAAAAGAUAUAAAAGAGAGGGAAAAGUAAUUCUACAUCCGCUUAUAUACAAUUAUAAAAAUGCUAAUAAUUUAAAUUCAAUUAAAAUAAAUAAUGAAAAGGAAAAUUCAUUUCUACAUAAUGAUUUUGAAAUGAAUGAUUAUCUAAAAAACAUUACUUAUAAGAAUUUUAUAAAUAACAAUCAUAUAAUUGAAAAUGAAUUAAAAUUUGUUGAUUAUGUAAAUCAAUUAUAUAACUUAGAAUGGUUUAACAAAUUUAAUUUUCAUCAUUUAUAUAAUGUUAAUAGAAUUCCUUCCAAAUUUCCUAACUGCAAUAAUUUAAAAAAAAAAAAAAGAGAAUCUAUUGUAUGUUGUUAUAUACCUAUUUUUUAUAAGAAUAUUUCAAUAUCGUACAGAAAUAUAUAUAAAUUUUUAUUAUUAAAGAGGUAUUAUGAGAGUAUAUCAUAUUUGUCUAAAAUGUCAAAAAAUAGAGAUUUACAUAAAAAUUUAGUUACAGAAAUAAAAAAAAAAUAUAAAGAACCUAAAAUGAAUGAGAAUAUUUUAAACAAAUUAAACUAUAAGAAAAGUGAAAAAAUAAAAUGUGACAAAAACAAUAAUAAAAAGGACGAUAAAAAAAAUGCAAAAUAUAAAAAUAAAGACAUUACUCAUAAAAAUGAUGAAAGCAUUAAGAGAAAAAAAAGCACAAUAAAAGAUAAUAAUGACAUAAAUAAUAUGAAAGAAAAAAGUAGUAAAAAUAAUGAAGUUACAAUAAAUGCUACUGAUAAUAAAAAAUACUCGUUCAAUAAUAAUAAUAUUGAAAUGAAAAAAUAUAAAAAAAUUUUUAAUUUGGAAAAAUUAAAAAAUAACAGAAAUUACCAAGAACUUAAAGAAAGUAGAAAUUCAUCUAUUAAUAACAAAAGUAUUAAUAGAAAUAACAUUUAUGAAUUUAAUGAUAGAAGUACUGUUUUCAGAAAUAAUAACAUUUCUUCUGAAGAAACCGAUUUAUAUAAUAAUAGUUCUAAUAGUUUCAAUAAUUAUUUAAUAUAUAAAAAUGAUUUUUUAAAGUAUAGUUCAUGGAAGAGAAAUCAAAUUUAUAUAUCUUUAAAAAAAGUAGAAGAAUGUGAACAGUUAAAGAAAAAAAAAAAAAAAAAAAGAUUAAAUUUUUACAUUUAUGUUCAUUCUUCUAGUAUAAACAUAGAUCCAUAUUUUAUAUCAACUUAUAAUUUUCAUUUUGUAAAUAGUCUAAAUAAAAAUUUAAUUUUUUAUGAUAUAAAAGAAACGAAGGAAUACUAUUUCCAUAAGUACAAACAAUUGAAGAAUUAUUACAAUAAAAAGUUUGGUAAUACAGAAAAGAAGAAUUAUUUAAUUGAAGAAAGAUUUAAUGAUAAUAAUAAUAUUAAUGGUAUUAAUGAAUUAAAAUAUAAUGAAACGAAUAAUAAAUACUAUAACGAAAAUAAAUAUUUUUCAAAUAUUAAUAAUUAUUGUAGUAAUUAUAAAGAUGAAAAAAAAGAAUUAUAUGAUGAAUCUUCACAUGGUGAUACAUUAAGUAAAAAUAAAUUAUGGAACUUUAUGUGCAUAUUUAACAAAAUAUCAACAACUAUUAAAGAAAAAUUAAAAAAUAAAGUUGUAAUUAAUGCUGAUUUUAAUAAUAUAGAUGUUAACAUUUUGAAUUGUUCCUAUAUUUAUGAGAGUAAAUUUUUAUUAAUGAAUCAUGUUCAUCCUUUUUAUAAUAAGAAAUAUAGUAAUGCAUCAAAAGAAAAAUAUGAAAAUAUCAAAAAAGACAAUGAUAAAGAUAUGAAUGAUUUUUCUAGCUAUGAAUCUAUUGAACACAAAGAUUUUUAUAAUACCAUAAACAAUUUAAUAUUCAGUAGUUUUACUAAUUAUUAUCAUAAUAAUUCCUUUUAUAUUAUUUCCAUCAAUGAAAAUAAUAUAAAGAGAAUUUCUAUUCAAUUAUAUUUAACUGUAAUAUGUAAUAAUAUAAGUAAAAACAUAAAUGAUAUAUUAAGUCUCAUUGUUCAUUGUUUCAGGAUUAAAUUUUCAACCUUAAAACAAGAGAAAGUUAGUAAAAUUAUAAAAAACAGUGAACAUAAUAUAGAUGAUAUAUUAUUAGAGGAAAUAAAAGAAAAUAAAGAUGAAAUAAGAAAAAAAUUAAAAAAUAAACAAAAAGAUAUUUUUAGAAGAAACAAUAUGUUGAAUAUUUAUAAUAAUAUUUCUAAUAGUUAUAAAAAUAAGUUAAAUAUAUUUAGUUCUUUAAAUAAUAAUUUAAUUAAUAAUGCUCCUAAAUACAACUCAUCAAGUAAUACUAAUAAGACGAAUUAUUCUAACAUAUAUUUUAAUUCCCCCAAGUCUUUAAAUUAUAUAUCAUCUUCUUCAUUAAUUUCUUCUUCCAUUUAUUCUGUUUUAUCAUAUAAUUCAAAUUUCUUAAAAAGUAAAAUAAGCGAAAACAAUAAAGACAGAAAAAAAAAAAAAAGGUACUUUUCAAUUCAAGAAAACAAUAAAAUGAAUAAACUAAGAAUAGGAAAAAAUUUGAAUAUAAUAAAAAAAUAUGACACAAAAAGCAAAUGCUUAUCUGAUAGUUUAUAUACAAGCAAUUUCAUUUCAUUAAAAAAAUUACUUACGAAAAAUGAGAAUGAAGAAUCUUUUAGUUUUAAUAAUUCUAUAUCAAAUAGAAGGUGUGCUUUAGAUAAUUCUUUUAUGGAAAAAAAUGUGAUAAAAAAAAGAAAAAUAAAAAUCAAAUUUUAUAAUUAUAUUAAGAAAAUUUAUAAUAAUAUUACUUAUAAAAAUAAAAAUUAUAAAAAAAAUUUAAAUAACAUUGUUGAAAAUAUUAGAUGGAUUAUUAAUAUUGAGAAUUUUGUAUUUUCUUUGCCUUCAUUUAAUGAAGGGUUUAAAUUUGAUCUGUAUUUGAAUAAAUUGAUUAUCUAUGAUUACAACAAAAUAUAUUUAUGUAAUAAUAUUUCUCAAUUCAGAUUAUUUAUAAAAGAUAGUGCUGAUAAGAGGUAUUUGGAUUUAUGUAACAAAAUUCUAAAUAUUUAUAAUUAUUUAGAUUUAAAUAAAGAUACUUUAGAAGGAAAUGUAAAAAGAAAAUUCCAUUUAAAAAAAGUACAACAAGAAAUAUAUAAUAAUCAAUUUUAUAUUAUAGCAAAGGAAGAUAUUAAUAAUAUUAAUUUUAAUAUAGAUAUAAGUAAUACCAGACUGACAAUACAUAAUGAAACUGUAAUGAAUUUAAUAAGUUUUUUUACUGAAUUAACAAGUAAUAUCUUUUCUUUUUUAUACGUUUAUUCAUUAUUACCAGAUUUUCAUAAAUAUGAUUUAUCGUGUUUUACCUCAUGCAUAAAUAUAGAGAAUUUUCAGAAAGGCUUAUUAUUUUAUAAUGAUCUUUUUAAAAAUUAUAUUAAAAUAAGUAGAAAUGGGAAAUAUGUAAAUAUGAAUACUUUAAAUUUUCUUCCUUUUAACAAAAGAAAAGAAUCAUGUGAAUCUGAAGAUAAAGUAAUGAACUUAACUGAUAACCAAUUUAGCAGAUCCUAUUUUGAUGAAAAAGAAGAUAAUAAUUUAAAAAUUUCAAAAGAAGAUUUUUCAUGUAGUUAUGAUAAGAAUAUGUAUCUUUCAAAUGAUGAAAAGGAUAUAAAAGACAAAGAAAGUAGUGAAAGUUCAUCUAAUAUAUGCAUUCCUGAUAAUUUAAUAGAAAAAAUAUUGUUCUUUAAAAAUAAAAUAAAUUAUAAUUAUAUAAUUAUGAAUAAAUUUGAAUAUCAUACUGCUACAAAUACAUCAUUAAAAGAAUUAAAUGAUAAAAAUUACUACUUCUUAGCAUUUCUAAAUAGCAAUUUAAUUUUUUUUUUAUAUUUUUACACAAAAUAUAAGACUCAUUUAAAUUAUUUGUCUAAUGAGAAUAUUUUUAAACUUAAAAUUAAUUAUCAUUACCCUAUUAGAAAAAUAAAAAUUCCAAAACAAGUAAAUAUAGAUGAAGUACAUGAAAAAAUAAAAAAUAAUAAAAAAUUUAUAAAUAUAAGUAGUUUUCAUUUAAAGAAAAACGAUGAAAAAGAAGGGCAUAAAGUUUCUCUAUCAAAACUAAAAAAAAAAAAAAAAUUAGAAAAAAUAAAAAACAAAAUAAAAAAAUAUAAAAAAAAUAUUAAUUUAAAUGGAGAUAAAUGUAGUAGUUAUACAAUAAAAAAUAUAAAUGACAAUAAUAAUAAUUUAAUGAUCAAAAAUAAAAAAAAAAGUAAUACAUAUGAAAUUAAUAAUUUCGAUGAAGAAAGAAAAUAUCAAGAAGAAAUCUCAAAUGAUUCAAAUUUUAAAAAUGAAAAUGAAAAAAUAGAAAAAAAAAGUUAUAGCAGCUUAAAAAGUCAUAAUACUAUUGAUAAAAUUGAUCUCUUUUUAGAUAAUAAACGUAUACUUGAAUUAGACGAUGAUAAUAAGAAAGAAGAAAAUGAAAAAUAUGAAAAAGAAGGAUUAUCUAAAAAAAUAAAAACAACUUUUAAAAAGUUUUUUACUAAAAGAUUUUCCUCAAAUACAUCAAAAACUAAAAAAAAGGAUGUAAAUAUGAAGAAGAAUAUAUUUCCAUAUAUCUCUAAUAAUUUCCUCUCUAAAGAUGAUAGUAGAGAGUUAUUUAGAAAAAAGGAUAAAUUGGGAAUAACAUCAUCAAACGAUCAUUUAAUUUCUUUCAAAAGUAGAAAUAAUUUUAUAAAUAAAUAUACAAAUAUUAAAAUCGAAAUAAAUCUAUUUGAAAUGUGGAUUAUUCAAGAAGAUUUAUUUACUUAUAGAAAUGAGCAAAAAAAUAAAAAUAUAAAAAUGAGUUAUUUUAUGAAAAAAAAAGGAAAUUUUUGUAAUAAUAAGAUAAUGGAGGAAAAAAUAAGAAAAAAACAAACAUAUAGAAAUAUCUUUUGUGAAGAAGACAGCAUUGAUAAAGAAUUUUAUGAUACAAAUAAAAGAGUAAAAAAAAAUAAAAUAAAAUCUUUCAGUUCUAGUAAUUCAGGUAAUAAUUUAAAUAUUUUAAAUAUUUUAGAGAAAAUGAAAAAUUGCAAUAAUAUAUAUAUAAAUAAAAAAAUUAAUAAACAAGUUUUUUAUAUGGCACAAAAAAAAAUAUCUAAUGAUGAAAAUGAUUUAAAUGAAAAUAUAAUGAAUGGAAUUAGAAAAAAAUAUAAAAUAAGAGAGAAGAAAAAGAAUAAAAAUCUUAUUAAUCCAAUUAUAAAUAAUAAAAGUGAAUUAACAAAUUUAAAUAAAGUUUCUUUAUUUAGUGAUAAUAUAGGUAGCAAUAAUUUUAGCUAUAAUGAUGAAUCUUCAACAUAUUUAUUAAGCAAUUCAAAUAGUAAUAGUAAUUUUUCAAAUGAAGGAAAUUUAGAAGAUAAUGAUUUUUUAAAAAAAUUAGAAUAUAAGAAAAAAAAAAAAAAGGAUAAAGAAUACUAUAUAUGGAAAAAAAAAGAGAAAAAAAAAAAUAUCAGAGAAAAUAAAAGAAAUAUUUGCUUAUCUUUGAUAUUUAGUUUAGAUAUAUAUUAUAAAGAAAAGAAAAGUAUUGAAAUGUCUAAUUUAAAAAUAGUUAUGAAAAAUUUCAAUAUUAUGUUAGGUAAGUGUUUUAAUUUUAAUGAAAUAUAUGAUAAACUUAAAUUAUAUAAAAGUAAUAAAAAAUUCAAAUCAUCUGGACUUGAUUCUAGUAUUUUAGAUAUAAAUUAUUUAAAUGAAAAUGAUAGCCAUAGAUCAAGAAAUGAAUUUUUUUUGAAAAAUAAAAAAUAUUUUAAAAAUGAUCAAGAUUUUUUAAAAAAACAAUUAGAAUACUCCUUUUAUGAUAAUACAAAUUUUUAUAACAUAUAUUAUAAUGAAAUGAAGAAAAUUAAAUCUCUAAAAAAGCUUAUGAGAAAUAAAAAAAUGAAAAAAUUCCAAAUUAAUAAUAAAAAUGAUAAUAAUAAUAAUAAUAAUAAUAAUAAUAAAAAUAAUUCAACUGAAAGUAUAAAUAAAAAUACUUUUAAAAGUGUAAUUAAUAAAAGUUUUUUUUCUGAUGUUAAUGAUAAUGAAAAAAGUAAUUACAGUUAUGAAAUGAAAAAGUAUAGCAAUAAAGAUUCUUGUGAGAAUGUUAUCUAUCUACACAGUUCAAGCAGAAGAUCAAGCAGUUAUAAUAACAUAUUUUUUUUAGAAAAUAAACAUAAAUUAUUUUAUGAGGAUAAGUUUAAUAUAUUUUUAAACCAAAACAAUAACAUAAUUAUGCCUAAUAUUAAGGAAGAGAAAGAUUGUUUAAUAAAUAUUAAUGAUAUUUAUGUAAAUAUAAGUAGUUUAAAUAUAAAAAAAUCGUUUAAAAUUAUAUUUUAUGAUUUGUUAGUUAAUAUAACCAUAGAUAAUAUAAAAGAGUUAUAUAAAUUUUACAAGGUUUUCAGUUAUAAUAUUUAUUAUGCAAGUUUUUAUAAAAAUUAUUUUUCUUUUUCUAAAAAUCUUUAUAUACGUCCUUUCUUAAAUAAGAACAAAACCUUUGUUGAAAAAUCGAGUGAAAAAUUGAAGAUAAAAAAUAUUUACAAGGAUUGUGUGAAUAAAUUCGAAAAUUUAAAAAGAAAUAUUUUAGAUAAUAAAUUAAAAAUGUUAAGAGAAAAACAAUCAAUAAAAAAGAAGUUAGAACAAAAAAAAUAUAAGAAUAGUUCUGAUUCCAAUAUAUUCUAUAACAGUGAUUAUGAUUAUAUAAAAUUUCAUAAUAUAAAUAAAAAAAAAAUAAAUAAAAAUAAAAAGGAAAGACAGGAAUUAAUAUAUACACACAAUAAAAAUAGUGAUACACUGAAUAAUAACAGUUGUAGUGGUUCCAGAAAAAAAGAAAAUACAUUGAUUAGUGAAAAUAGUAAAAAAUAUAUUUCUUAUAGUAAUACUAAUGAGUUAUUUUGUUUAACAAAAGAAAAAAAAAAUAAUGUUAAGGAUAAUUUAAGGACAGAAAAUUCAUUAAAAGGAAAAAUGUAUAACUUGUUAAAAGAAAAAACAAUUUAUCAAAGAAAAGUAGAGAAGAAAUAUAUAAAUAGAAAUUUAAAUACCAUUUAUACUGUUCGUAAGAAAUUUUUAAUUCAAAACAUUAAUAUAUAUAAAAAUAUUGUUGAUUCUUAUACUAAAAUUCAAGAAUUUAUCGAUAUGGAAUAUAAAAAUAUGAAAUAUUUUGAAAUAAUUCAUAAUUUAAAAAAACAUUAUAUACAUAUAGAAUUAUGUAAAGGGAAUCUUUAUAAUUUAUAUAAGGAAUUAUUUUCAAUAAUUAGAAAAGUUAAUAAUGAAAAAAACAUUAUCCGACAUGGUUUAAUCUUUUUAAAAUUAUUAAAUUGUUUCUAUACAUGUAAUAAUAAAUAUUUAUCCAAUUUGUUUUAUUAUUUAUUUAUCUUUUCUAAAUAUAAUAAAUUUGCUUAUUAUUUAUGUAAGAUUCAAAAAUAUUUUCAUUAUAAUUAUUUUAUUAAUUUAACUAGUAAUAUAAAUGAAUUCAAUAUUUGUCAAAGUAAUACUACAAAUUAUUACAAUUAUUUUCAAAACUUUAAUAAUACUAAUAAUAUUUACCCUAAAGAACGAAGAAAUAAUGAAAAUAUAUCAAUUUUAAAUAAUAAGAUUAGUAAUAGAAUUAUUAAUGAUAAUUUUUCAACAAAUAUAGAAAUAUCGGAAAAUUUAAAAAAGGAAAAAAUAAUUAAAGAAAUUGGAGUUAAGAAGAAGGGUCUAACUUUUUUUAUUAUUUCAGCUUUGCUAAGUUUAUACAAACCAUAUAUGUAUAAAUAUAAAAAAAAAAAUGACAAAAAAAAUUUUAAAAAGCAAUUAUCUAAAUCAGUGGAUAAAUUAUUACACAUAAAUAAUAAAGAUCAUAAAUUUUUACAUAAAAUAAAAAAUAAAAAAGAGAGAAAAAAAAAAGAAAUAGAUUACAUUUCGGAAAUGAACACUGAUGAAGAAGCAUAUAAUUUAGAUAUAGAAAUGGAAAAUAAAUUUUUUAAAAGUCCAGAGUUAAUAAAUUCUAAUGAAUUUCUAAAAAAACUUGAUAAUAAUUAUUCAUACUUAUAUGAUAAAAAAUCAAAAAAAAUAAAAAUAAAAUUGAAAUUGUAUAUAAGAAAUAUAUGUCUUAAAAUACAUCAAUUAAAUAAAGAAAGUAUACUAACAUUAAAUUUGUGUGAUUUGAAUUAUUAUUUAUUUACAUCCCUUAAUAAGUAUCAAUUUUUUUUCUAUAAUACAAAGCAGAAGGUUAUUUUUUAUCUAAAUGAAAAAAUUAAGCAAAUCAAAUUUGAUGAUAUGCAUAACAUUCCCACAAAAAGUGAAACAAAUGAAAAUAUAGAAAACAAAUUGGAACUUAAAAAUAUGUGGAAUGAAUUAUCAGGUAGUGAAUCAAUAAUACAAAGUAAUGUAAAAAGGUAUAAGAAAAAACAUAGAAAAAAUAAAAACUGUAUUAGAAUAAGUUUAAAAUUCAAAGUAGUUUUACGAACUUAUGACAAUAUGUACAAUAUACAAGAUACCAUAAUUAAUCCAAUUACAUUUUAUUUUUAUAUAAAAGAAAGGUAUAAAUAUUUUCCAUAUUUACUAGUUCACGUUUAUACAACUAGUAUAAAUAUUAAUAUAACUACUUCUUUCUUAUAUUUAUGUCAGUAUUUAUAUACCAAUGUUAAUUUUAAAAAGGAUUUUGUGGAUGUUAAAAAUUCUAAUAUAGAAAUUUAUAAUGAUCUACAUUCUGAAAUAAUAAUAUUUUAUAAAACAAGGACAAAAAAUGAUAAUUAUGUAUGGAAAUUGAUAAUUAUAAAUAAAAACGAAUACCAUGAAUUCCCAUGUGAAUGCUUAUACUUUUGCAUUAAUAAAAAAAAGGAAAAAAAUAAAAUAAAUUCCGAAUUUUAUUCUAUGAACAAAAACUCUGAUGAUUUUAUAAUAAACAAUGAAUAUGAUUUAAAAAAUUUAUUUAAAGAUAUUUGUAAAAUUGGUUUCAAAAAAAGAAAUAUUUUUAAUUCAUUAGCGAAACAAGAAAAGCAUUUAUUAUAUGAUAAUACACACAAUGUUUAUGAUAUUUUAUAUAAAUUUACAUAUAAUAUGCCUUUUCUUUAUAAAAAUUAUGAUAAUGAUAAUAAAAUUAUAAAUAUAAUAAAAAAAAAGUCUUCGUGGAUAUAUAUAGGUGUGCUAUAUACUGAUGAUUUAUAUUCAAGAGCAUACAAAAUUCCAAAUGUAAAAUAUAAUUUAUUAGUAGAACCAGAAAUAGUAAGAAACAAAUGGUGUCUUUGCAUAGGUACAUGUAUUCAAAUAGAAAAUAACUCAAGUUUAUAUUUUCGAAUAUAUAAAGAAGGAAAAACAAAAUAUUUUCCUCGUGUAAAUUUUAAAUGGAAUUUAAAAAAAAAAAAAAAUUUGAAUGAUAAUUAUUUAACUUGGGAUGAAAAUAAUAUAGAUAUAAAAAAAGAUAAAUUAAAUAAGGGUCGAAAGAGUUUUAGAAGUUCUCACAAAAAUUUUAUUAGUUAUAUAGAAAAAAAAAGAAAAAAAAGAAAAAAAAGAAUAAAAGAUGGAGAUUAUAUAAAUAUAUUACCAUUCAGUAAAAGAGCCAUCCCUUUAUUUUGGUUAUAUGAUUGCACUUUGCCAUAUAUAAAAAUAUUAAGAAAAAAAGAGAAUAAAUAUAAUAUGAAAAAUUUAAAUAAUUACAAUGAAGAUAGUUUAGAUAUUGAAGCAGUUCCAUUUAAUAUAUUAUAUAAACUUCUAAAUAAAUAUUCAUUAAAUAACAAUAAUUUAUAUCAAAAAAAAUUAGAUAUUGCUCCUUUUGAAUUAGUUUUUAAAAGUUUAAUAAUGUUUUAUUGCUAUGUUAAAGUAAAAGAUGUCCCCACACAACAUAUAAAAGAAACUUCUUAUAAUUAUACGAUUGUUAUAGAACCCAUGGUAACUAUUAAAAAUAAUUUACCUAACCCUAUUACUGUUAUAAUAAGAUUAAAAAAAGAAAAAGGUUUCUUUAAUUUGAAUAAAAAAAAAUAUGAAAAAAAAGUUGAAGAAAAUUUUUUUUAUAAUAACAAUUACGAAAUAGAUGAUGAUUUAACAAAAAUUUUAAAAAAAAAAGAAAUGUUUGCUCUAGUUCCUCCUCAUCACUAUUGGUGUUUGCCUAUAUGCACUCAAGCAUUUUAUAUGAAAGUAUUUUAUCAUGGUUUACAAAUAGAAAAAAUGAAUUUUAUUUGUAAUUACACGAAUGAAUUAAAAAGAUAUUUUGACUUUAAAAAUAUAAAGCUACCCGAUUUAAAUGACGUGUUUUUUAAUAGCAAGAUAAAUGACGCUAUAAAUGAAGAAAAUAUAAAUGUAAGGAAUGGCAGCUAUUUAAAUAAGGAAGAUUAUAAAAAUAAUAUAAAUUAUAUUAAUUAUAGAAAUAAAAUGUUGUCUUAUAUGAAUGAAAGUAACGAUUUAACAUAUAAUGAAAUAACGAAUGAAUUUCCAAAUAAACCAGAAAAUAGUACAAUUCCUAUAAGAAACAUGAAUAAUAGUUUGUAUAGUACUAAUACAAAUAAAAAUUUUUGCCACAAUACAAGUAGUAAAAAUAGUAAUAAAAAAAAUAAAAAAAGCAACAAUAAUUUCUUAUAUGUUACUGAUGGAUUUUUUUCUAUUUAUAUGCCUUCCACUGAUACUAUAACUACAACAAAAAUAUUAUAUCAUAAAUAUGGAUUAAUAAGCAAUAUUUUUUCUUAUGAUGAAUUAAAAUUUAUAUAUUUUGAAAAUAAAAUAAAUCAGACAAAUAGAAAAAUUUAUGAUAACUUACAUAUUUUUAAAACGAUUACUAUGUCAGCAGAUGUAUCUAGGAGAAAAAUUGAUUUUUAUUUUCCUUUUUUUUUUGAAAAUACUACGAAUGUUUGUAUUUGUAUAAAUAAUAAAAUUUUACCACCUAAUAGUCGUUUAUAUAUGACGGAGGAGGAAGCGAAAAAUAUAAAGAUAAAAUCAUAUAAGCAUGAUUAUAUAAAUAAUAAAAUAUUAUGUAGUAAUGUUAGUAACAAAAUUGAUUGCACUAAAACGAAUAUGAUACGCCCUUUAUUAAAUUUAGUAUAUAGAAAAAUAAAUAGGAAACAAAAAGUACGAUUUUGGGAAAAAUAUGAAGAAAGAAAAAAAAAAUAUAUUAACAGUAGAAAAGGCAUAAAUACAGAAGAGGAACGUAAUAUGUAUAUAAGUAAACGAAAAGCAAAUAGUAUGAAAUUAGAAAGUUGCAAAUUAAACAAAUUAAAAGACAUGAAUGAUGAUACAAAUGAAAGAAGAAAAACAGAUAAUGAAUUUAACAACGAAAUUGAUAAAAAUAACAUAAAAGAUAAUUUUAUUGAUUUUAGUAAUUGCAUAAAAGAAAAAAAUAAUAACAGAAUGAAAGCUAAAUUAUUUACUAUUCAUAAUGAAAAUGAUAUGAAAAAUGAUACGGUUGCGCGUUCAGAUAGUUUAAGUGAUUUUUAUAAUAAUAUAAUUAAUAAAAAUAUUUUUUAUAACCAUAAUAGUAAAUAUACCGAAUUGUCCUUAGAUACUAAUGAUGAAUAUAGUAUUCAAAGUAAUACAAAAAACACAGGGAAAGAUAAAUUUUAUAAAAAAACGUUUAAAAAACUCUUAACAAAUGAUAAUAAACUAUUAAAAAGAAAAAAAAAAAAUAAUAAUAAUAAAAAAUUGUUAGGAACAUUUGAUAGUAUAAAAAAAAUGAAAGCAUUUAAAUUAUUUAAUAAAAAUAGAGAAAGGGAUAAAAUUAACAGAGAUGAAUUAGUAGAGGAAAUGGAAGAGCAAUCUGAAGGAAACAAUUCUGUUGCUAGUAGUUCGUAUUAUGCAGACAAUAAUAAAAUUUUAAAAAAAAAAAAAAAAAAUAUUAUUUUCAAUAAUAAAUUAUAUUCUUUAGAUAAAAUAGGAAAUAAAUAUUUUAAGAGAGAAGAAAACAUGUUAAAUAAAAAUGGAAAUUAUUCUUUCUAUUCUGAAAAUGAAGGAAAUAAAAAAAAAACAUCCUCAUAUAUAUUAAGUACUAAUCUUUUUAAUAUCUUUAACGAAGAAGAGAUAAUAAAUGAUGAGGAAUAUGAUGAAGGAAUUUUUUUUGAAAAUUCCAGUGAACAAGGCAAAGGAGAAAAAAAUGAAAAUACAAACAAUUUUAAUAAAGAAAAUUCAUUUAAGAAGAACUCUAUUUUAAAUUUAAAUAUAAUGAAAAAAAAAAAAAAUGUACAAAAUGAGACAAAAAAAAAAAAUCUUAAGAAGAUGAAAUUUAAUAAAAAUAAAUAUCAAGAGAAUCCUUCUUUUAAUACUAAUGAAAAAAUAAACAGGGAUAAUUUAAAAAUGAGUAAUAUACAGAAUAAAAAAUUAAAUUAUAUUGAUUGUGAUUUAUGUGAGAGUUUAACAGGUAGUAGUGCUAGCAAAUAUGAGAAGCAUGAAGAAGAAUAUAUUAGUGUAAAUGAUGAUUACCUCAAUUCAAAAAUGUCUUAUUGUAAGAACAUGCUAAAUUCAAAUGGGAACGAAAAAUUAAUAAAUAAAGGAGGAAAAAAGAAAGGAGAAGAAGAUGAAGAUGAUGAUGAAGAGGAAUCGGAAGAAAAAGAGGAAAGAGAAAAAUUUAAAACAAAAAAAAAAAAAGAAAUAUUUAAAGAUAUGCUAAAAAUAAAAAAUAUAAAUAAAAAAAAAAAAAUAAAAAUAAAAAAAAAAGAUUAUUAUGAAGGGGAAUUUUUAUCUUUAGGAAUUUGUGUGAGAUAUGCAGAAGAACCAUUUAAUAAAUCAAAGAUUGUUACAUUUGUUAAUAGUUAUAUAUUUAUUAAUAGGUUACCAUUUGAUGUUAAAAUUGUUACUGAAUCAAUAAGAAAAUUGGAUAACAUUUUUAUAAGUCAAAGAUCAGCAAAUAAUUUGGAAUUAAAUAAUAAAUCUGAAGAAAAAUAUCAAAUAGAAGAAAAAAAUACUAAUAAAAAUAUAAGAAGUAUUAAUUCACUAAACUUAUUAUAUGAAGACAAAAAAAUGUGCGAAAUAAAUAUUAAUAAUACAAAUAAGAUAAAAGAAAAUAAUAAGUCUGAAGCAUAUGAAGAAAAUGAAAAUUUAGAUUCAUAUGAUAUUAGAAAUAACAAAAUAGAAAAUAAUAAUAACAAACAAAAUUAUAAUACAAGUAGUGCUAAUUUUAUAGAGAAUAUAACAAAUAUUGAGAGAAAUAACAAUUUAAGUAAAAAUAAAGGUUCUGCGAAUUCUGAAUAUAGCCAACGAACUUAUGGUGAAGUUAAUAAUACUAAAAAAUCAGAUGUAAUGUUAGAAAUAAAUAAGAAGAAUGAAACAUACAUAAAAAGAGGAGAAAUAGCUUCUUUUCAUUCUCUUAGAAGUUAUAUAAAAAUAAAAGAUAGUAAUGAAAAUUAUAGUUCUUUACCGUUUUCAUUAAUUCCAAAAAAUGUACCAUCAAAUUUCCAAAUAGAAUUAUUUAACAUUAAUAAAUCUCAAAUAAAUAAUAUAAAUAACUUAUUAGUAGAAAUAAAUGUGUGCAGUGGUAUAUUUGGAGAUAAACAACAAUUACCUUAUACAUAUAAUGGAUAUUUUUAUAUUCUUAGUUUGCCAGUUAGGCCCCAAUUUGAAAUUAUUAAUGCAACUAAGUUCAUAAUAGCAUAUGCUACUGACUUUAAUAAAUAUACCAGAAAAUAUAUAAGCAAUAAUUAUAAUACUUAUUUAAAUAAAUAUAAUAAAAAUGGUAAUUUUUCUGUAAAAAUGAUUUAUCCUUUUAGUUCUAUUUAUUAUACAUUACAUCAUAAUAACGAGAUUGAAGCAUCAAAAAUUGCUUUGAAAAUUGUGGGUGUUCAAAAAAGUUCAUGGUGUGUUAAUUCUAUCAAUUCUUUUAUUGAUAAUGUAGUAGUACUGCCUUAUAGCGUAUAUGGAGACACAUUAUUAAGAAGCAGGAAUAAUGAUAUAAUAGAAAAUCAAUCAAUUUUUUUAAACCAUGGGAAUUAUAAAAAUAGAGAAAGUCACAAGCUAUUCGAUAGGUUAAGUUUAAAAGGCAAUAUUAUGGAAAUAGAUAAUAAUAUAUAUAAUCAAGAAGAGAGAAAAGAAAAAACAGAAAAAGAAAAUAUAUUUCUUGGUCAUAAUUUAGUAAAUAAAAAAUUAUAUUCCUUUUUGAUAAUAAGAGAUAAUGGAAGUAGAGCUAUUGUAAUUACAGAAAAUUAUGAUGUUGCUAGAAAAAUAGUAAGCACAAAAAAUUUUAGUAAAAUUCAUAAGUUAAUAGCAUUGAACAAUAGAAAAAAAAUAAUAUUAUCUAGUAAAAAUGCAAAUAAAAAGUAUAUUUUAGAUUAUAAAAAAAAAAAUUUUAUAUAUUUUAAUUUUCCCAAUGUGUCCGUUAUAUACAAUUUUAAUGUGCCCAGAAUAACGUUUACAUGGAUCCAUAGGCAAGAUGUAAUAAUAGCAGUCCAUUUAACAAAAUUACAAUAUAGUGGUCAUAUUUAUCCUAAAGAAAUUGUAGAUAAUGAUAUAAGUGAAAUGUUUACACCAAUAAAUGUAUUAAAAAAAAAAGAGUUAGGAGAAUAUAUACAAUUCGUUUUUUUAAAUAGUUAUAUAGAUUCGAUAUUCUUAAUUGAACAAAUACACAUUGAUCACUUCGUUAAAGGAGAUAUUCCUGUUAUUUUAAAAAAUACAAAUAUAAAAGAAAAUGAAAAAGAAGAUAUAUUUUUGUAUAUACAUAUAAAACAAUACUGUGUGGACGUUUUUAAGCAAGCCCCUAUAUACCAAAGUAUAACUAUAAAAAUUUCUCCGAUAAAUGCAAACAUCGAACUAUUAGUAAUUGAACAGUUAAUAGAAAUAGUUGAGAAAGAAAAACAAUUAUUAUUACUAUAUGAAAAAAAAGGCAAACCUUUACCACCUCUUAUAGCCACUUCUAAGACAGCUAAAAAUGCUAUAAAUACUACUUUAAAAAUAUUUUCAGAUACUCAUUUUUUGCAAAUGUUGCAAAUGUACAAUUAUAUAAAAGAUAAAAUGGGAAAUGAAUUUACUUUGCAAAAUAAACAAGUUAUUAACAAUAACUUUCUAAAUUCUGUAAAUAUAAGAAAUGAAAAUAACUUAGAAAUAUUCGGAAAUAAAAAAAAAAUAAAUGAAAGUGCCAAUAUAAAACCUAGUGUAUACUCAUAUUAUUUUAGCUCUCCCAAAGCUAGAAGGGUAACACAAGGUAAAAUAAUAAAUUUUAAGAACAUAUUGGACUUAAUGUACUCUGAAGAUACAAGCAUUAGUUCAAAUUGUAGUAAAUUAACUUAUAAGAAUAAAGAAAAAAUAUUACAUAAAAAAAUUUGUAAAGUGUUGGUGGGAUAUUACAAAUACAAGAAAAUAAAUAAUUUAAUUAAUAACACAUAUUAUAAUAUUAAUAAUGUAAAUGAUGAUCGUUUGUUACCAAUAGAAAUUCAAUAUUUUACAAAUCAUAAAAUUUUUAUGAAGACAUUUUCUUCUCAUUUAUUUUUACAUCCAAGUCCUCGAUGGAUAGAUAAUAAAAGCAAACCUGUAUAUAUAAGAGAGUUUAAAAUUUAUCCUAUAGAAAUAAUUGCAUCUAUUAGAACUUCUGAGCAUAGAAUUUCAAGAAGAAUAUUACAUAUAGUGGAUGCAUUACCACUAGAUACUCCCUCUAUGCGUAUACAUUUAAUAUCACAAAAAAGAAACUAUAUUGUAUGUACUUGGGAUGGUUUAUUUCAGUCAUUAAGAAUUUCAUAUUUUAGGCAGUUAUUAAGACAAUCAUUACCAAGUGCAUGGUUAUCUAAUCCAUUUGCAUUUAUUAAAGGUUUUAUUAUGGGAUUAUGUUCUUUGUUUAAAGAAACUAUAAGAGGAGUAAAAACAAGUUCUAAUUUCUUUGAUGGAUUUAUGUCAGGUUUUAAGUGUGGAAUAAUCAUAUUAGUUGUUAAUACCGUAGGUGGCUUAUUUCAAUCAUUAAGUCAUAUGUUAAAUGUAUGCCAUAAAUUGAUGGGUGGUUCUAGACCUAGACCUCCAAGUAUUUUGGAUUCAUUAAUUCUAGGAUUUGAUGGAUUUAUUUUAGAUACUUUUUAUAGACCAUGGGUUUCUUUGUUUACUGAACCUAAAAUAUCUCUUAACAAAGGAAAUAGCACCUUUAAAACAACUUGCAUAGUUAUUGGUUGUAUUCUUAGAUGCAUAUUUUCACCAAUUUUUGGAUUAUUAAACUUUUUUGCUUCUUUAACAGAAGGUUUUGCUAAUACAUUAAUUGGAGAUUUCGAAAGAUUUUCAAGAGUUCAAGAGAGAGCAGAAUUUGAAACAGAAAAAAUUAAUAAAACUUUUUCAACAAUUAAAAAAAGAACAUUCAAAAGAUCAAAGAGAAAAAGUAUUAGAUACAACAAUAAUACUUAA